CCCAGCCAUUCAUAGCUAUACGAAACCUAACCACAUCCCAGACAAUCAUUUCAUUGCGUGCCCGUACCACCUCGGAGCGAUCUGAUGGCUAAUCUCGUAAAUAGAUGUCAACACUAUCUCAAUUGUACUAUCCAUUGCUUACACCACUUCUAGCUUUUCAUACCAAUUCCUUGCUACCACAUUGCUCCCAUAAUGGCCGACUCCUCUGACACGCAUUUGGAGCAGCUCUUGGCCCCCACGGAUGACCUCUUUCUCAGCUCGUUGAGCUCCGAGGACUUUCUUGAGAAUCUCGCACCACUCGUGAAGGACUCACUUGCCACAAACUCGCUCAAUAGCCUACUCACCAAGUUAGAGGGCAUUGCAACCCAGAAGGAUGCCGAGUUGGAGCAGCUUACACAGGACUCCACGGAGGACAUUCUCGCGGCGAUAGAGGGGAUUUCGCUGGUGAAAGCCAACUCAGACACGAUUAAAGACCAGAUUCUUGAGGUCAGCAGCAACUUGGAACGCACGGGUUACGAACUUGUCGCACGCAAGAAGAGUCUCGUGCAAUGCAAAGCCGUGCGUGCGCGCAUCCAGGAGACAACCGCCACGCUCAACGCGUGCUUGUAUGUGUUGGAGUUGACGAACAAGGUGCUCGAGUUGAUCCGCGAGCGGCGCUAUUACAACGCGUUGCGCAACCUCGAAGACUUGUCGCACGUGCACUUGCGCGAGGUGGGUGACUUUGCCUUCGCGGCGAAGAUCGCGCAAAGCAUUCCUGCGUUGCAGCAGAUGAUCCAGAACGAUUCCCUUGAAAACGUCACCAAGUGGAUGGCGCGGGUGGAAAAGAUGUUGCCUGCAGUGGGCGGUGUCUUAUUCGGCCACAUGCGCGACGUCAGUGCGCACUGGGCGAGCGCGUGCGCGGCGUCUCCCGCGUUAGACAACUACAUGGUCAACACACCCGUGGAGCGUGCAUUGCGCAGCGUGGACCUCAGCCUUGACCUAUUUGAUCCGGCGCUUUCGCUCCAGCUUGACUUGACCGUAGUCUACGACGCCAUCUUAGUGUACCAGACGGUUCACCAGAUGGACUUCUUCAUAGACAGCUUCCAGACCGAGUGGUUGAAAAAGAAGGAGCGCGUCAUCAGACCCUUGUCGCUAGACACCAAUUCACAAGUCAGCUUUGAGUAUGACGAGCUUAAAGCAUACAUUCACAAGGUGGCGGCAUUUUUCGCGGUGGAUCGCGCGGUUACGGCUCAUACUCAUGGCAAGUUACGUACGGAAAAAGACAAUAAUGAUCUCUGGGGCGCGUUCAUGUUACUUUGCAGCCCCAUGCUUCGCGCCUUUAUCGACGACCUCGAUACCAUGGAUGAGUUCCACCAGACGCGCGACUUGCUCGGAGGGUUUUGCCAAGUGAUGGAAAACUGCGGGUAUAAUGUCGUCGCAAGCGGCCUCUACGGCUGUCUCGUGCAUUUGUUUGAGCGUUAUUCACACGCGUUGAUUCGCAUCUUUGCGCAUACCUUCGCCGCCAACAUCGACGAGGACGACUGCAUGCCUAUGGUUAUCCAGGACCCAGGCCUCUACGCACAGGUGGUGGCGGUGUGCUGGUACGAGCCACCGGAGGCGGAGCUCACGAAACGCUUCCCGCGCGCGCUCCCCUUCAGCAACAUCCUACCGUUAUCUUGCCAACAGAUCCAGACUUUUGUGCUCGACCACACAAAAUUCAUAGCUAAUUUCUACGCCCACGACGGAAACGUCCUCUGGGGCAUUCUUAUUGAUAAUAUCGAGCACAUUUUGAGCCAGGUGAUCUGCGAAAAGUAUACUGCAAAGUUGACAUCCACCACACGAGAGGAAAUCUCUCAGAACUUGAUCAACCUAGAGUUCUUCUUGCAUUCGGCUAAAGAGCUCGCGGAAUACCUCUCGGUGUUGAAGAUUGGUGGCAUCCUGCGAGAUGUGCACCUCUCUUCCAUCGCGCGGUUUGUACAGACAAAGAAGAUUGCCGAAGACAGUUUGUUCGGCAGUGUGGACAAGCGAAUCGAGGAUUUUAUGGGGAUUGUGGAGUACGACUGGUUCACCACCGUGCGCUCCGACCAGCCCAACUAUAUCAUCAACGACAUUGGCCGCUUUGUGGAGGACAUGUUCAUCCAGACGUUCUCCAACUUGCCCGGCAGCGUCAAGACGCUCUUGUUGUUCCGGACGUUUGAUAAAUUGGCCGACCACUUCCUUGGGUUUCUCCAGGACGCGCCGGAGUUCACUCCUGUGGCAAUCGAGAACUUUGAUCUCGAUGUGACACUUUUGGAGAACACCAUCAACGAUCUAGACGCUGGAACCGAGCCGCCUGCCUCCAAAAAGGCCCAGAAGAGUGCCGUUUCCUUGUCCUCCACGUUCACCGAGUUGCGCCAGACUAUCAACUUAUUGCGGGAAGGGAAUCUUGAGGGCUACAAAGACUCGACCGUACGGAUGCGAAAAUACGACCGGAUCAAACAGGACGACGCUGUGGCGUUGCUUAACAAGUUGCAGACUGAGGAUGAGGAGGAUGAAGUGUUUGCCAGGGAGGGUUCGAUGUCGCCGCGCGGGAUGAGCUCUAGAAAGUCGUCAUCUAGGAUCGCCUCCUUGUGGGGGCGCAAAAAGGACUCGCAGAGGUAGUCCCUAGUAUAUGAGUCAGGGAUAGUUAUAAAAAUAGGAAUGGUGAGGUGGUUUGAAUAAAAAGCUACAAUUGAUAUUGGAGCAUUUCUGAGGAAAGCUACAGCGUUUUAUUGACAAAGUUUCAGAUGUUCGGUAUAUAUAUGGUACUUCAUCUGGGUGUAAGGUAAUCCGGAACGAGCUCGAAGCGAGCAGUGUAGUAUAGUCUGGAACGUGACAAUGUGGAUUUAUCUAUGGUAAUGGC